GACGGACCUAUCCGGACUUCCUGUUAUUGGACGCAUUGAUUGCGUAUUACAGAAAGGAGAGAAACCUGAACCCAAUCUCUUCUUAAACUUCCCCUAAACUUUGUUUUUAUUUUAUUUAUUUUGUCUUGUGGUUUCGUUGUAAAGUCUACAGCGGUCAGAGGCUAUGCCUCUGUCGGAUCGGUCUAGCUCUGACGGCGGCGGGGAUAUUCGUAGUCCCCGGGCCCGGAGACCUCGGACCCGCUCUCGCAGCCGCAACCGCAACGACAGCCGCGACAGAAGCCUGUCUCCGGAUAGCUUUGGGCCCAAACUCCCGAAACCUCGCAACCGGGAGAGGGAACACGAGGAGAGGGAGCGUCGAUUCAAAGAGGCCAGGAACAUCCGACGGAUCCGCAUAGGGAGCCCCCGUCGUAGUCGCUCCCGGUCCCGUUCUCGGUCCCGAUCCAGGGAGCGUCACGUCAACAACAACAACAAUGGCAGCAACCACAGCCACUGGUCCGAGCCGAGGGAGGCUCCUGGGAAGCAUGGCAGCUUCAAAGAUGAUUAUUAUUACGAGCAGCAGAGGGACGAUGCUCAGAGACAGAGACAAGAGGCUUUUAUUGCCAGGCGUCUGCAGGAGAGGGAGCGGAUCGGUGAGUUAGGUUGUCCCGAGGUUUGGGGAUAUUCGCCAAGAGUGAAAGAACCAGACUCUGACGAAUUCACACCAGUUGAAGACGAGAAAAACAGCAGUUCAGAAUCAAGCUCAGAAGAAGAGAAGAAGAAGAAAAAGAAGAAGAAGAAGAAGUCCAAGAAAAAGAAGAACAAGAAACAUUCGGAGGACAGUGAACUGGAAUCUGAUUCAGAUGAAGAAGAAAUAAAGAAGAAGAAAAAGAAAAAGAAGAGCAAAAAGUCAAAGAAGUCCAAGAAGAAGAAGGCAAAGAAGAGUCGUAAGGAGUCCAGCGACUCCAGCAGCGAGUCCGAGGAGGAAGAGGAGGAAGAAGAAGACCCUAAUGGGGUGAUGUGGGUAGAGAAAACAGACACGUACGACCACGUUGUCGGCCCCGAAGCUCCGCUGACUCACAUGUCCCAGGACGACCGACCACUGGAUUUCGGUCACGCGCUGUUGCCGGGUGAAGGUGCUGCGAUGGCGGAGUACGUGAAAGCCGGCAAACGUAUCCCGAGAAGAGGAGAGAUCGGGCUCACCAGCGACGAGAUCGCAAACUUUGAGAAGUCUGGUUACGUCAUGAGUGGUAGCAGGCAUCGUCGUAUGGAGGCUGUGCGUCUGAGAAAGGAAAACCAGAUUUACAGCGCGGAUGAAAAGAGAGCCCUUGCAUCCUUCAACCAGGAGGAGAGGAGGAAGAGGGAGAGCAAGAUCCUGUCGAGCUUCAGGGAGAUGGUGUACAGGAAAACCAAAGGCAAGGAGGAGAAGUGAACGUCAAGUUUUCCAGAGUUUUCUCACACAAAUUUACUCUGUGUGUCAAGUUGUCCUGUGUAAAUCUUUAUUUCUGUAAGGACAAACACGUUCAUCUUCUGAGGAAUGUACAGUGGAGAGGGACGUUAAAUGUGUAGAAAUGCUUCCAGUUCAUUUUUUUUUUUAUUUUCUCCUGUAAAUUUCUGCUUAUAGUCGUGAUCAGAAUGGUAAAUAAAUUUUGAUUAUCAA